ACGCUUAAUCUCGCUAUCAUGGACAAGGCGAAAAUGAGUGAAAGUGCAAAGACAGAGCUUUGUCGCAAAUACUUCAUCAUUGGUUUGUUUUGCCUUCCGCUUGUGUGGCUCACAAAUCUGAUUUGGUUUUUUGGCGAUGCCUUCUGUCGACCGAGCUCUUCUGCUAAUCCUACCAUUCGCAAAUACGUCAUUGCAAGCGCUGUUGGUGUCUUGUUCUGGGCAAUUGUUAUAUUCACUUGGGAAUUUGUUUUCCAGUCUUAUCGAAGUCAAGGUUUGGCCUGGGCGGACUACCUCACCUUCAUAUUUCCAGUUGGACGUGUUUGA